AUGGUAUUUCUGUGUGAGGGCAACACUCGAUCCGAGUGCCUUCGGCUAGAAAACCCGCUGAAUCGCACAAAAAACCCACAUCGCUGGCCCCUGACCACCCGUGAAAAGAUUGAUGACGUGACACGAUGCCUGGUUGUGCCGGAUGCGAAGCUGAAGGAUAUGAUGGAACGGUUGAAUGCCGCGUUUGACAAGGGAUUGGCUGCCGAUACAGCUGCUAGCGCCUCCGUACGAAUGCUACCUUCUUACGUGCGCUCCGUCCCCAACGGCACUGAGGAGGGCGACUUCUUGGCGUUGGAUCUGGGAGGCACCAAUUUCCGCGUCCUCCUAAUCCGGAUCCACAACCGUCAGGCCGAGAUGAAAAGCAAAAUCUUCCGCGUUCCGGAUCUCGUGAUGAAAGGGACAGGAGAUGGGUUGUUCGACCACAUCGCCGCCUGCAUGGCGCAGUUCAUGGAGGAGCACGGGUUGAAGGGAUCAGCCCGCUGCCUCCCCCUUGGCUUCACCUUCUCCUUCCCCUGUAAGCAGGAGGGGCUCACCCGAGCCAGGCUUAUAAAUUGGACCAAGGGCUUCAACGCUACGGGCGUAGAAAAUGAAGAUGUCGUCGAUUUACUGAGGAGUGCCUGCCAACGCCGAGGGGACAUUGACAUCGAUGUCGUCGCCAUCCUCAACGACACUACCGGAACACUCAUGGCUUGUGCUUUUUUGGAAAAUUCUUGCCAAGUGGGAAUCAUCGUGGGCACGGGCACCAACGCGUGCUACAUGGAAAAGCUGUCCCGGUGCUGCAAGCUCGAAGGGGAAAUGGAAUUGAAUGAUGAUGAGAUGUGCGUAAACACGGAAUGGGGCGCUUUCGGAGAUCACGGCGAGAUGCAGACCAUCCGCACCGAAUUCGACGACGAGGUCGACCAGGGCAGCAUCAACCCCGGCAGGCAAUUAUUCGAGAAAAUGAUCUCCGGCAUGUACCUUGGCGAAGUGGUGCGCGUUGUGCUGGCUCGCCUUGCCCGCGAAGGUCUUCUCUUUGGCGGCGACACGGCGGCCAUCUCCAAGAAGGGCGCCUUCCCCACAAAAUAUAUCUCUGAGAUUGAAAGCGAGUUGAUGGAGGAUGACGAGCGGACCUUCUCGAAGACGUUGCAAAUCCUGGAGGACAUGGGGAUUGAAGGAGUGUCGCAGUUGGAUUGUAUUCACGUGGCGACCGUUUGCACGAUGGUGUCGACAAGAGCCGCCUACCUCACGGCGGCGGGAAUUGCCACAAUUCUGAACCGAAUGCGGAAACGCUACGUGACGGUUGGGGUCGAUGGGAGUGUCUUCAGAUUUCACCCGACCUUCCCGAAAUUGCUUGAUGAGAAAAUUGACCAGCUGAUUGAUGGAGAUCUAGAGUAUCAACUCAUGCUCUCCGAAGAUGGUUCUGGCAGAGGGGCUGCCCUCGUUGCUGCCGUCGCCACACGUAUGAAGAAUGAACGAAGA